CAGCGGCAGCAGUGGCAGGCAGCGGCAGCAGCAGUGGCAGCAGCUCCUUGGGGAGAGGAAGCCAGUUGGAGGGAACUGGAGGAGCAGGCAGCUUGCUGAGCUGAAGUCAGCUGAGGUUACAAACUCAAGACAAGCUUUCUGAUGCUCUCAAGGGACAGACUCUGCCCCUCUGGCUCAGCUGGCCCUACCAUGUAGACUCUGCCCUUGUGGGUCAGGCCUGGAGUUUUAAAAUAAAAUGGAUGAUCUGACGUUACUUGAUCUUCUGGAGUGCCCCGUGUGCUUUGAAAAGCUGGAUGUCACAGCCAAAGUCCUCCCUUGCCAGCACACCUUCUGCAAGCCAUGUCUGCAGAGGAUUUUCAAGGCCCACAAGGAGCUGCGGUGUCCUGAAUGCCGGACCCUGGUGUUUUGCAGCAUCGAGGCGCUGCCGGCCAACCUGCUGCUCGUGCGUCUUCUGGAUGGUGUGCGCUCCGGCCAGAGCCCAGGCAGAGGGGGCUCCUUCCGCAGGCCCGGCGUGCUGACCUUGCAGGACAGCAGGAAAAGCAGGACUAAUUCCAGAGGUCUGCCGGCCAGCCCUUUCCGGCUGGUGCCUAAUAUCAGAAUCCACAUGGAUGGGGUGCCUCGAGCAAAGGCCUUAUGCAACUACCGAGGGCAAAAUCCUGGUGACCUCAAGUUUAAUAAGGGAGAUGUCAUCCUCCUCAGGAGACAGCUUGAUGAGAACUGGUACCAGGGGGAGGUGAAUGGAGUCAGUGGCAUCUUCCCCGCCAGCUCCGUGGAAGUCAUCAAGCAGCUCCCCCAGCCGCCCCCACUCUGCCGAGCCCUCUACAACUUCGACCUUCGAGACAAGGACAAGAGUGAAAACCAGGACUGCCUGACCUUCCUCAAGGAUGACAUCAUCACUGUGAUCAGCCGAGUGGAUGAAAACUGGGCAGAGGGCAAGUUGGGAGAUAAAGUAGGCAUCUUCCCAAUCUUGUUUGUAGAGCCAAACCUCACAGCCAGACACCUUCUGGAGAAGAACAAAAGCCGUCAGCCAUCCCGGACAAAAAGCCUGUCCCUGGUGUCCUCUUCUUCCAGAGGCAAAGAGAUCAACACACCCACGCUCCAAAGGGGCCCUGGGUCCAGAAGGAAGGGGCCCGGGCAGUUUUCCAUCACAACAGCCUUGAAUACUCUCAACAGGAUGGUCCAUUCCCCCUCCGGGCGCCAUAUGGUGGAGAUCAGCACCCCAGUGCUCAUCAGCUCCAGCAAUCCCUCUGUGAUCACCCAGCACAUGGAGAAAGCAGACGUUCCUCCCAGCUCUCUGGGGCAGGUCAGCACAUAUCGCCCUGCGCCUGCCUCCCCAGGACAUUCCACAGCCAUCGUCAGCCUGCCCAGCUCCCAGCAACACCUCCCAGCUAACAUGUUUGUAGCCCUGCAUUCCUACUCGGCCCAUGGACCCGAUGAGCUAGACCUGCAGAAGGGAGAAGGCAUCAGGGUCUUGGGGAAGUACCAAGAUGGCUGGCUCAGGGGUGUCUCCUUGGUCACCGGGCGAGUCGGCAUCUUCCCCAAUAACUACGUCAUCCCCAUCUUCAGAAAAACAUCUAGUUUUCCAGAUCCCCGGAGUCCAAAUCUCUAUGCCACAUGGACGCUCUCCACCUCCUCGGUGUCCUCUCAGGGCAGCUUUUCAGAAGGUGAUCCCCGGCAGCCGCGCCCCUUCAAGUCCGUCUUCGUGCCCACCGCCAUCGUCAACCCCGUGCGGAGCAGCUCCGGCCUGGCGACCCCGGCGCAGGGCUCCCUCCGGAAAGGGCGGAGCAGCAUGAGAAAAAAUGGCUCCUUGCAGAGGCCUGUCCAGUCAGGGAUCCCCACUCUCUUGGUGGGCUCCCUCAGACGCAGCCCUACCAUGGUCGUUCGACCUCAGCAGUUCCAGUUCUACCAGCCGUCCUCGCCCUCAACAGUGGUGACAGAGAUGGGGUCCAAGCCUGCUCUCACGGGGGACACUGCCCUCACGUGUGUCAGUAGGGCCAGCGACUCCAGGAUCCACUCGGCAGCCAGUUCUCUCAUCAUGGAAAGCAAGGAGAUCCCUGUCAAGAGUGAGCCUCUACCCAAACCACCUGCGUCAGCCCCACCGUCAAUCCUGGUGAAACCUGAAAACUCAAGAAAUGGUAUUGAAAAGCAAGUCAAAACUGUGAGAUUUCAGAAUUACAGUCCUCCACCUGCCAAACACUGCACCUCCCAUCCCAGCUCUGGAAAGUCUGAACAGCCAGCCAUCCCUAAGGGAUCCCAGCCUGACGCAGCCCCCUUGGGCCCAGAGAUGACCAUCCUAUUUGCCCACCGAAGUGGCUGCCAUUCUGGACAGCAGACAGACCUCCGGAGGAAGUCAACUUUUGGCAAAACCAUGACCUCGGUGUCCACUGCCUCGGCCGCACAGACCAUGUUUCCCACCAAAUGAAUCUACAGGUGGCUAUUCCUAGACCCCCAAGAGACCCUGCCUUGAUAAUCUUUCCAAGAUGAUGAGCUGGCGACUAUGAGAAGACGACAGAGAAAAUGAACUGUGUGAAUGGAAACUGCUCGGUGGAGAGUUUGUGGACCAUGUGGUAUUCCUUGGACGCCAAGAUGCUAUAGAGGCCGGCCUCCAAGACAGAAGGCUGACAGGAGAAAGAGCACUCUGUCUUCACCCACAGUAUCAAUGGGUGCUGGGGCAGAUGGAGAAAGUCCAGUGGGUCCCCUGCAGUUACAGGUCACACCACACUGUCAUUCCUCUUCUUCCUUUCUAUGGUCAACACUACACUUCAUCUAGCGAUUUCUCACACCUGGCCACCUACCUGACACGAGAAAUGACUGAACGUCCUGUGUCUUCCAGCUCUGAGGCUGACCUGUGUCUCCAACUUGUAUUUAGAGACUUUAGCUUAGGGGACGGCAUCAUAUUCUUCUCUCAGGUGUUCAAGCCAGAAAGGCGAGCAUUCUUCACAACUUCUCUCACCCCCAUCUCCUCCCCACCGCAUCCUCUGUCCCCCACCUCUCCUCAUGCUCUUCCAUUCCAAUUCCAUUCUCUUUCCCCACUGAUACCUUCUGAUCCAGAACAGACUGAUAAAGGAAGUAAAGAAAAAAAUAUCAAAUAAGAAAACAAGAUGCCACAGACUGCCAUGCUUAUGGAGGGGCUGCUACCUAUCUACAGUUAUAAAAGUCAAUUGUAACUCUGCAUUCUUUUUAUUAAUAAAUAGCCCAUCUUCCAGGACAAGUCAUUAGAAGAUAUUCUACCCCUGGUUUUAAAAAAAAAAAAACCUGUAACUUAACACACAAAUUUGAAAUGAUCUGUGAUGACCUGAGAGGAACCCCACAUAGACAUGAAAUUCACAAAUACCCUGAGAGGCAUUUUUAUCUUCUCCCCAUCUCAAGACAUCAGUAAGAAUUUUAUUUUUAUGAGCACCUGCUGCCCUGAUUAGCAAGAUAAUAAAAUACAAAUGCAGCAUUAUUUGGAUGUAUUGGAUGUUUUAAAGUUCAGGAUCAUAAUUUUGCACUGAAGCCUCUUCAGUCUUUCAUCCCGUCGUGCUUGUGAGAAGGAGAAUCAGCGAACCAGAGUGGGUAAGGAUUGUACUUUGUGGUUACAGAAACGUUAACUUCUCUGUGAAUCCAUGACUUGCAGGACUCAAACUGGCGCCCAUGUCUUAAUGAAUAACUUGUCCUCCUUAACCACACCUUUCUCUUGGUUAACCACAGGGGAAGGUGAUAAUAAGCAACCAGAAGUCCCAAAGUACUGGUUUUAUUUGCCAAGUGGUGAGUGGGAAGGCAAGAGGUGCGAUGCAACCACAGAGGGGAUGAUUCAGUGAUGACAUGGCCGUCUCAUACAUGGUCAGAGGCGGCGCCGCCAAGUGGCAAUCACCCCUUCUCUCUGACCUGCUGUGACUAAACCUUGGCUCCACUUUCUCUGAAAGAACUCAGGUUUGGUUGGCUCCUCUUUAGCUUCAGAAUCUAUGAAGAUAGAGAUGCUGCCUUCACAUUCUAGAAUCUACUCAUUACCACCAUGAGGCCUUAUAGCCCCCUAUAAAUAGGUUAAAAUGACUUCACUUUCCAAGGUAUAGUCAUGGAUUUGUCAGAGUUGGAAGCAAUUUACUUUUAUACAUGAUGUGUGGAAAGAUUACUUAUAAGCAAGCUCCCACACAAAAGCAAGUUGUAUAAAGUGGGGGAGACAAAUGAUUUUUAAUCCCCGGAAACCAUUAGACCACACUAGCUAAUUACAGCCUUGACUUCAAGGCCUCUUCACUCAUUUUUUUUCUUCUUACCUUGGCUUCCCCUUCUCACACUUAGAGCAACAAGAAACUGCCACUUGUUAUUUUUAUACUUGUUGUUUUUCAAAUCUCUGGGAACUUCCCGUGGCUUAUAGGGUAGGGUUUCAUGGAGAUUUGGCUUCUGUUUUAAACCUGCUUAGCCAAUAAAUCAAGUCUUUUCCAAAACAUGAAGUGUAGAAUCUGAUUGUUCCCAGCCAAGACAAGAAACUUAGGAAAGAUUCCCUAUUUCCUAAAGUUUCUGUGUCUUGGCUGUCAGUUCCAGCUGAUAUAGAUCUCAAGAAGUCAAAGGUCCAAACGUGGUGGAGGGAUAGAGGAGGUGAGGAUUUAGAAUUACAAAAGUGAAGUUGAACAAGACACAUAACCUAGAAUAGUUUGCUAACCCUGAAAUCUGAGUCUCAGCUCCUAGAAUUGCUUUUUAUUGUUACAUGUUUGGUUAGGGGAAGCGCUGUUGUUUAGGGGAAUAAAGACAAGAAAAUGAAAGGGGAGGAAAAUUCACUCCUCCAUGGAAAUGUAAGUAGAGAAGCUAUUUAAAAAAAAUAACAAACAGAAAAGCUAUAGCUCUUGUGUGUGUGCUUGUUUUUUUAAGUACAGUUUUUUAAUAGACCAAAAAAGAAUCUUUAUGGGAUAAUAUGUAUAUGAAUA